UUAAUCAUUACUUGAACAACAGAUGCAAAAUAAUUGUGAUCGAAAUGAAGUAUUAUAAAAGACAUUCGUAAUACCCACCACCUCAAACUCUCUGAUAUCCGAGAUGACCAGGCUGUACUUCGCCGUGUGCGCUGUGUUGUUAGUUGUGACAUACUCGGAAGCUUCCUGUUGGAUGGAGUUACCGAGAGAUGAUAUUGAAAAUUGUCAGUAUAGAGGAAUAACUAUUGCCCGGGGAGAUGAGUACAGGAACAGGACUCCGCCUGACUGUUUCCGCUGUAGCUGUGGUUCGGAUGGAACGCUAUCCUGCUGUUCGGAAGGGACUAUACUGAGGAAUGUACCACCAACCUGUAAAGUGUUACAAAAAGGCUGUGAUCAGGUGGCAGUUAGUAAAGACGACGAACGACAACCAUGUUCAGAGCCAGUGUCUGCAGUGACUGGAUGACGUUUCGUGUGCUUGAAUAAAUAAUGCUCCCUUAAAGAGCAUGAAGUGAA